CUCGCUGCACCCCAUGAUGGAUCCAUCCCUCUGCGACUUGAGAUUUGCCCUGCAGCUGCAAGCCCACUCAGCUUCAACUGAAGUAACCUACCUAAACAUCGGGUGCGAAAGAACUGGCUCCCGGCUUCGCAACGAGAACAGCAAUUCCUGCCCAGGGGACAUCGCAAAAAUGUUAUCCUUCAGCCCCCCCGCUGUGUAUCAAGCCUCCAAAUGCUACGUCACGCACGGGGUAAUGGGUCACCUGGACCCCAAACAGUUGCCUUCCAAAUCGAAACCAUGGGCGGCACUUAUUGGCCAAGACUUUGUUUACAGAGCCGACCUGAUUCUCCCCCAGGAAGUGAGCCAAAUGGUGCAAGAAAAACUGCUCGGGAACAAGCCAGCCCCUGAGUUCAAACGAGUAGUCAUGUCACUUCACGACAUUCUCUCCGGCCAGUUUUUCUCAGAGUACAUUAAGAAAGGAAACGUUCUGAUGCUCUCCGAAGGCAGGAGAGGCAUCGACAAUGUCUUUGCUCUAAGAAGCGGCACGCUUACCAUGUUUCUGGACAAGGAAGCGUACGAGCGUGCAGGGCUAGUUGGGAAACCUCACGGGGUAAAAGGGAAGCGCGGCCUGAAACCCCGCUGGAGUAUGUGUCCUGCCAUGUCGGCAACUCCUAUGAUCGUCGCUGACGAGUCCAGUCGUCGAGUACGAUCUGACCGCGCCCUCCAUGUUCCCCGGAAAGAAGGGGUUUGACAGGUUGAUUUAUGCCAGCAAAAACGCACUUGCUGAGCCCAUGACCUGGCUAUUCUGUAACAUCUCGUCCACAAGUAAGUAGCACCCAGUUGGCACUAUGACUUCUGCUAACGGGCGUAGCCCCUGAUCCAGACCCCUUAUCACAGCACUUCCCCACCAACUACACCUCCAACCCGGGCGUCGUCCCGGGCAUUGACGUCUUGAUGCCGAAGCUGGCCCCGAGCCUCGACCCUCUUGCGCCCGGCGCUAGGCAAGCGUUCGAGGACUUCUCAACAGAGUUGUAUGAGUGGCUGUCCCUCG